UCAAGAGAACCUCUCUUGGUCAUUCCUUCCAUCUUCCCUUCAUCCAAGGCUUAGGCACUGUAAAGCAGGCACUAGGCUGCUUACGCAGUGAGGAAAUAUAAAGAAACGUAUUUUUCUGGAGGAGCUAGGUGGGGGCGGGUAGAACAAUGUCAGGCUGACACCUGCUGUAACUGAGAUGCCCCCCCACCCCCGCCCCAACAAGUGCUGAAAACACAAAGAAAGCUCAACUGGAAACUUUCUUUAAAGGAAGUUUCUUUUUUAUGUAUACACUUCACCAUUUAAGGACACAGGCUUGAACUACCUGGGGCCACAAACAGGCAAAAAUUUUUCACUGAAUAAGUACUGCAGUACUACAGGACAACAAGGUUGGUUGAAUUCCAGUGUGGAAUCCAGAAUAGGGAAGGCCCACUGUAAAGUUAUCUGCAGAUUUUCAGCUGCUGGAGGCUCUGUGCCCCUAACCCCAUCAUUGUUCAAGGGUCAACUAUAUACAGAAAAAGCUAUCUAGUUAUAAUCAAGUAUUCGGAUCACACUCUACUGUUUUGUAAUUUGAUUUUCCCUCCUUAAUAAAUAUCUGACAUCUUUCCAUCUCUACACUAAUAGCUACCUUACCCUAACAGCUAUAUAGUACAAAUAUGGGUGUACCAUAAUUUAUUUAAUGCUUUACAUUAAACAUUGAGGUUGUUUCUAUUUUUUUUUUUUUGUUAUUACAGACACUGUCCUAUUAAUACAGUAAAUAAUUUAUAAGUAGAAUUUCUGGGUCAGCGUAUGUAUAGUAUACAAGUUUGGAACGUUAUGCCACAUUACUCUCCAGAAAGACCAUCUUAGAUUUCCACUCUCACCAGCAGUGUCUAAGCAUGUGUUUCCCACAGCACUCAAGCAUCAGGCAGUUAUGCAUGAAGCAUCAAGUAGGCCUGGCCCCCCCCCAGGCCAGAUACAGGGAAAGGUCAUCACUGCAUCCACAUCUUUGAGGCCUAGGAGGCCCAGCUCAGAUGGAUGCAGUCUGCCCACAGUAUGCUCCUCACUCCUCUGAUCUUCCUUCUACACAGCCCUGGGCCCCUGGCCUUGAAAAUCGCUGGGCGGAUUGCUGAGUUCUUCCCUGAUGCAGUACUUAUUAUGUUGGAUAAUCAGAAACUGGUACCCCAGCCUCACGUGCCCCCAGUUAUCGUCCUGGAGAACCAUGGUCUCCGCUGGGUCCCCAAGGACAAGAACUUAGUGAUGUGGAGGGACUGGGAAGAGUCACGACAGAUGGUGGGAGCAUUACUAGAGGGCCGGGCCCACCAGCACCUUGUGGACUUUGACUGCCACCUUGACGACAUCCGAGAGGAUUGGACCAACCAGCAGCUCAACGCCCAAAUCACCCAGUGGGUUGGUCCCACAAAUGGAAAUACCUGAGCCAGGGCCAGAGGGGAGGCUCAGGAUCCAAUAAAGAGACUUGGGCUGUUGGGCAA